AUGUUUAAAAGUCUCUCGGAGAAUCUUGGCCUUGGAGAUUUAGUAGAGAGUCCGGAAACGCUUGAACCAUCCUCUUUGUCAUCGCUCACAGCAGCAAAUGUUAAUCAUUUAACUACAAAUUCGUCUCCCUCCUUGAUUGGAUCUUCAUCUCCGGCACUAAAUGUCGUUGUUGUGCCAUUAAUUAAUUCAGAAAGUGAGCAUCCAGAUGUAGAAGAUGAAGAAAUUAUGAAAAAAAGUAAAUUCAAGUCCUACAGAGACGAUAUAAUAUCUGUUUUAAAAUCAUUUGAUAAUACCCGAGAAUGGGCUGAUUUAAUCAAAUGCUUGCAAAAGAUGAAGAAAGUUUUGAUCAAAAAUAGUUCUCUACCAAUUUUACCAGAGAAAAUUACAGUCAGCAAAAGAUUAGCACAAUGUCUCAACCCAGCUUUACCAAGCGGAGUGCAUUUAAAAACUUUGGAAACUUAUGAAGAAAUAUUUAAAUUAAUUACAGGAAAAAGAUUGGCCAGAGAUAUUCAUCUGUAUAGCUCUGGGUUAUUUACUCUAUUUCCUAGUGCAUCAUCACAAAUCAAGCCUGUUAUUUUGAAUCUAUUUGAGAAAUAUUAUUUACCACUGGGAAAAGCUCUGGUUCCAUGUUUGCCAGGAUUAGUUUUGGCACUCCUUUCCUCAUUAGAGGAAGAAGGUAGUGACAUAUUUAAGAAGACGUUGAAAGUAAUGAUCACUCUGAGAGUUAUUAGUGAUGAGAAUGUAUUCUUCCAAUCUCUAUGGAAAGGAAUAUUAUUGACUCCUCAGUUCAGAGUUUCUUCUUUAAAUCAUAUAAUAUAUUGCUUAAAAAAAAACGAAGAGCCUUUAUCUUACAAAACUCCAAUAUUUGGAGGUUGUUUAGAGUUAGUGAUUGAAGCAAUGGUGGCAUCUUUGAGAGAUAAUAAUAUUAUGGCACAACGCUCUUGCUUGGAAAUUUUAUCAUCUUUCUUAACUCUUGAUAAACGGAGUAAUGACAAUUCUGAAGGUUAUAUAUUUGAUGAUAAGUCGUUCAUCGUACUAUGCAGUAAUGCUCUCAUACUUACACUGAAAGGAGAAGUUUCCGUAAACAGAAGAAUUUUCUCUUGGCUAUUUGGUUCCAGUGAUACUGACAUUGAAUUUAUUUCUAAACACUCGAUAUCUAUUAUUUCGUCAUCGCUUAAACAAUUAAUAACUGAAAAAUGCUACAACAUUUCCAUAGCCAAAGUAAUCGAAAUAGCGAAUAUUAUUUUCGAAAGAAUUGGAGAUCACUCUUCUUUAAAAAGAUUCAUCAUGGAGAAUAUUAUCACAGACAUGAUACAUCUAUUGAGCGGUGAUCACAUUGAUAACUCAUCCAAGGAAAGUAUUUCGUCCUUUAUAUCUAACGCUGAAUCUAUGCCUUUACUAUGGGCAAGUUUGCAGCAAGCUGUACAAGAGUGUUUUGAGAAUCAAGAAAAUGAAAUCAACAACUAUAAUAUUGUUCUUGGUACAGUUGCUUUCAUGUGCAAUCAAAGGUCAGAACGACCAGUCAUUUCAGAAAUAUCAAAAUUGUUUCUAAUUUUUGUUGACUCUUUAACGGUCAAAGUUAACAACAAGAUUUAUCAAAAUAUAAUUUCUAUAGAGAGAAAUAUCAAUAUUUGUAAAUAUUUAUUAGAACAAAUUACUGGAGAGCCUGACGACUUUGCUACCAUUCUCUUUCAGAAAACAGAGACUCUCUUUAAGGCAGUGACAUCAAACUAUUUUACCGAUCAAGUACUAUCUUCUAUUGAACGGUCAUCCAUAUUUCUCUAUCGAACAUUGUUUAGAAACACCUGUGAUUUUUUAACCAAGGCAAUCGGACGGAGGCAUGCUCACUUGGAUCAAUUUGAAGAGUUUUCCUAUUCUAUCAACUCUGUUGAUAUGAUUCCUACAUUCAUGCAAACCUUAUUCUCUUGCUGCUUCUCUCAAGAUCCCUAUAUUAGCGUUUUCAGUAUGAACACCUUGUUAGGUUUUCUUUCAAACCAAGCGUCUGGAUUGAAUCGAUUCAAACAAAGAUAUAUAGUGAAAGAGUCCAACUAUUUGAAAGCUAUUACAACUCGUUUAUGGGAUAUGCUCACACCAUCAUAUUCAUAUCUUCAUUUUGAAGUGACAAGACUCAUUGUAGAGCUAUACAAUCUUAACAGACAUGUUUGCAAUGCUGUUGUUUCAGAUGCCAUGUCAAACUCGAUCGUUGACAAGAAAUUAGAAGGAAAUAGACGUUUUGCAUUGAUAUGGAGACUCAUGGACGAUUUGGACAUUAAGAAUAGAAUCUUUGAGGAUGGAUUUUACCUAAUGUUAGAUUCUAUAAGCAGCGAUCAAUCUUCAUUGAAAUUGGUGGCACAAUCUUGGCUACUUUCCUCAUUUGCACAUAUUAAUAGAUUAUUAGACCCAUUGUUACUAACUCUCAUCGAUAAGGAAUCACUGAAACAACUUUCUAAACAUACAAGAGUGAAAUCAUCAGAUUCAUCAGUAAGUGACACUAGUACAGAUUCCAACGCAGAACGAAUACAAACAUUAGCAACAAGGGAACGCAAGACUCUCUUUGAUGAAAGUAGAUGUAAAUAUGUUUUAUCUCUUUUGAGGAACAUUAUGAACGUUUCACCAGAAAUAUUUAUUGAACAAACUUUAAAAUUGAAGGCUAGUGAUGAAGUUUUGACCGUUUAUGAAAAAUUCAUUCUAGGGAAACCGUAUUAUAUGAACGAAGAAUCACUUCCUUCAUGCAAAUUGAAAUUUGAUGGAAGAGAUUACUUUUCAAUACUAGCUGUACUUUGUGUUAAAUUGAUGGAAUGUGGUAUUGUAGUGAAUUCUGACCUUUUGCCUAUGAACAAUAACAUUGUUUCUAAUGAAUCAUCACUGGACGAAUGUAUCAGAACAAGCGCUGCUGCUUUUAUCAAGAAUAUUUUGCUAAAUGGACAGGCAUUUGCCAAGACCACUGGUCUCUGUAUUGCUCUAUGUGAGUGCAUUCUCUCUCAUUUACAAAUAGCCAUUGACAAUAGUGAUGUUGUGUUUCAAGUUGAACUCUUAGGAAUGAUUCAAAUUAUCAUGGAACAUUUAGAUAGUCAUACGGUCAAGUCAAGUGCUGUAACACCUUCUCAGCAAUCAGGUGCAAUAUCUCAAUCAGCCUCUGAAGAAUCUUCUCCUAUAUACUCUUUGAUUAAUUCCCCAACAUUCUUAAAAACUAUUAUUCAAGGGCUUGUUUCAUCGAGCAGAACGGAAGCGGUAUCAACAUUUCAUUCCUUCUCAUUGUUGAGUUACUGGAUCGAUAGUAUUAUUUUAUUUCUACCUUACUUACAUUUUACAUUACCAAAACUUGUUGCAUUCAUUGCUCCUUCAUUUUGCCAAAUUAUUACUGAUAAUGCACUGCAAGGAAUUGAUAGCAUUAGAAGCCAAGUAAUUAACAGUUUGUUAACAGGAUUAAGAAAAAUGUUAGAGUAUUGCGUUUUGAGAGAGGCUCCUAAACUAACUACUCACAAUGAUGAAAACACUUCUGGAAUAGUCAUUCCUUUUAAAUUGUUUACUGACUUUGUCAAGGAUGUGUUUACACAAGAUGAUCAAAUUUCAAUUAUAACCUCACCUGAUUUUGAAGCAAGGAAGAACAUGAUGGCUGCAUUACCUUCUAUUAUUGAAGCGAUGAUCAUUGUGUGGAAAUCAUUGCGUGCAUUGGUUAUUGGCACUCCUGAAAACAACAUUUCUUCAUUGAAUGAAAAAUUGAAACAUGUUAAUUUAAGUGGAGUACCAGAGUUUGGAACUUUACAUUCACGAUUCGAUAUUGAAAGAAACAUUUUAAGAUUUAUUGAUCCAUUGAUAUUACAAUUUCCAAACCAAUUAGUGGUAUCCAUACUAAUGGUUUGGUCAAAGAUACACGAGAAUGCUUCAUCGUCCAUGUACUGUAUUGAAACUAGUCUAGAUAUUCACUUGAUGGACAUUUUAAAUAGUUGCGAUAGCGCAGUACCAGAUAGCAUAAUUUCUAGUAUUUGUGAUUUUAUUCUUAAUUCUACAAGUAUGAAUCAACAAGAAGAUGAGAAAAAAACCUCUAACAGAGUUCUAUCUUUCCAUUUUCUCAUUUACUACAUGAAGAAGUGUAUCAUGAGUGAAAAUCAUUUACAAAUUGCUCAAAAGUUGGCCGUAUUGACCAACAAUAUCUCUUCAGAAAAGAAUAUCGAUCUCUUAACCCUCACAGUCCUAUUGCGAGUAGUGUAUCAAUUUUUAACCAGAUGGGGUGCAAACAUUCAAAAUGAUAAGAAAAUCAAAUCAUCUAUGAGAGAUAGCACUCAAAAAUUGAUUGAAAUUUGUUUCACAGCCUGCACUAAGGACAUACUUGACCGAAGAAACGAUCUUGUGAAAGAUCUAAAGAGAAUAUCAUCCUCUAACAAUCUUCAAGAUCAUUCUAAAGAGGGAAUUCUUCGAAAAAGCAUCCAUGAUAGGAAUGAUCCAACCAAAAACUUCCUCAAAUUGCUUUGCAAUGUUUUAAAUGAUAUCAUGACCCACUUGUAUGGAGAGAAGGAUCUUGGACAACCAUUAAUUAUUUCAAUUCUAUAUCCAUUGUUUGUAAUCAUUAACAAUAGAGAAAUUACUAACCUCAAAAGAGUGAAGCAAGCUGUCAAACUAAUUUCUACCUUCGGUAGCUCUAUAUUGAACAUGAGACCACUCAAAAAAGAGAUUUGGGAAGCGAUACAAGAUAUCAACUUUUUUUACUGUCCAAGUUCAACAUUCAAACAUUGGCUGAAAAUAUUUUCAAAUAUGGAAACCACAGAUACAUCUUUGGUUCAAGAUUUGUUAAAUAAGUUUUCAUCUACUUCAAGUCUGCUGACAUCAAGUAGCACCGAAGCUUACGCAAGAGCUAGAUUAAUGAAAAGAAUUGCAUUCAUGUUAUUCGUUGGUAGAAACAAUGACUACAACCAUUUUAUACCUUCAAUUGUUGAGAAAAUUGUAGAAUCUCUUAAAGUGAAUGGAUCUGUUCAUAGCAACAAUACCUUGUUGUCAAGCGUUCUUCUAUUUUAUAGAGUUCUCAUUAUCAGAAUAACUUCGGAUAAUUUACGAAAAUGGUGGCCAAUGAUCAUGACUGAUAUUAUGAAAAUAUUUAGUGAAAGGACUGUUGACGAUGAAGAUUCAAGUGUCUUGAUUGAAGGUUUAAAGUUUUUAGACCUUGCUACUGUGAAGCUUCCUCAAGAAUUUCAAUUGUACAAGUGGAUAUUCAUUAGAGACACCACUGACUGUGGUAAGCAGCCAUUAUCAAUAUUGUUUUCUCCCUACUUGGAUCCAUUUGUUGAUCCAACCUGUGACGUUUCUGUUACUCUAAACACAGCUCAGAAAGAAGUAAGAGUGCCUGUUUCUACCUCCUUUUUGAGAAGUGAUAUUGCAUCCACCAGGAUUUUUGCAUCAAUUCUUUCAUCUGAAAGUAGACAACAACAGCUGUAUUCUGCCACCUCGUUUAAUGCUUUAGAAUGUGAUGACGAAACAAUUAACUUUGGUAUUCAAGAAGAUUUGGUGGAGUUGAGCAAUGAAGAUAAGUCCAGACUUAAGAAUGAGCCAACACCAAGCAUAAAUGCCGAAGAAAAUUGGAUUAUGAUCGAUACUCUCAACAAUUAA